AGAGAGCAAGCAGGCAUUUAGAGUGCGGUGUAAACCAGGAUAUUCUUUUACAGGUCACAUAAUAUUGAGUACUAGUGAACUUCAUGCAAAAACUUACCUCAGUGCUGCAAAGUCUAGUCUCUAAUUCACCGCAAAAAACUGGAUUUAAGACCUCCAUGAAACAGGUUUAAAAUGAAUCACCUGCUAAAGUAAUACUGACGCAAUAAAGACUUCAAGUGAAGAUUUCUCACCCAUAAUCAAGGCAUCAGAUUCACCAUGUCUUACCACUAUAAUGAAGCUUUUGAAGACCCAGAUUAUUACUAUUCAGAGACAUUGGAGAUUGACAAUAGAGAGGGGUUUCACCAACCCUUUCAUGAUUCCUCACCGUAUGAUGACUCCUUGUACGAUUCCUAUGAAGGUCACAGAGAAAGAGGACAGAGAAACCAGGAUUAUCCUAUGGCUAUACCGAUGACCUCAAUGCAGCCCAACUUCCAAUACAGCCACAGUUCAUCAAGGCUGGGUGUGCCCAGCAUGAAUCCACAUGGAAGUGUACAUAGUAAUCCUUCCUUUGAGUAUGAGACCGAGGCAGACUACACAUCUCCCCCUAUCUUCCAUGCCAUGGAUGAUCCUCAUGUACGCAGAUCUUCUGAUUUGUCUGAUGAAGAAGCAAAGUUGAUCAAAAACCUUGCAAACAUGUCCAGCAAAGAGAGAAUGAAAGCAAUCCAGAAGACACCAAAGACCAUGAAAGAAAAGAGAGAGAUCAGGAAUAAAGUUCUCGUGGAGAAAAUGAAGAAAUCAGGGAGCUACACUACUCAGAUUAACUGUUGUACACAGUGUCUCUACAAAACAUCAUUGUCCUAUCGGCGAUUUAAAAAUGUCCUGUCAGGAUUUUUGUCCUCAUUGCAACUGUGGCAGAAGACUCUGAAAGUCAUCGGUGGCAAGUUUGGGACCAGUGUUCUUUCCUAUUUUGUUUUUCUGAAGUGGUUACUGACUUUCAACAUCUUCUCGUUCCUUGUGAACUUCAGCUUUAUAACAAUCCCACAGCUUAUAGCACCAGGACCAAAUAACCUUUCGUUCAACGGUCAGGAGCUUCUCACUGGGGCUGGUUAUUUUAGAAAAACUGUGCUCUACUACGGUUUUUAUACCAACUCUACAAUCACAAACAACUCUUCCUAUAACAUGCAGCUGGCCUACAUUUUCACUAUUGGGAUUUAUUUCAUCAUCUGCUUCUUUAGCUUGGUGUACAGCAUGGCUGAGUCCUUCCGUAAGAACUUCAUUAAUCCCCAGAUGUACUCUGGAAGUGCUGCCAAGCUUCUCUGCAUCUGGGACUUCAAUAUAACCAAUGAGAAACCUGUGAAACUGAAGCAAAGCAACCUCAGUACGCAAAUAAAGGAAUCCCUGUCUGAAGUGACCUUUGAGGUACUGCACCUCUCACUGAAGCAGAAACUUGCUCGUAUUGCUGUUCAUCUGAUUGUUUGGGUGGCUUCCUUAGGAACAACAGCUGCUUGUUGUGCCGGUGUUUACUUCCUCUCAAGAAAUAACCUACGGCCUUUGGAAGGUAAAAGUGAGCUGGAAAAUGAGGCUGCUGCCCUAGUGCUGCCCGUUGUUGUGUCUCUGCUCAACCUCUGCAUCCCCUUCUGCUUUGCCUUGUUUGGACUCUUAGAGAAAUUCCAGUAUCCCAGACAUCAGCUCUACGUCACUGUUAUCAGAAAUAUUUUUCUGAAAAUAUCAAUAAUUGGAAUCCUCUGCUACUAUUGGCUUAACGAUGUGGCGACAUCAGAAAAAGAGUGCUGGGAAAAUAUCAUUGGCCAAGAUAUCUACCGUCUCAUUGUGGUUGACUUCAUAUUUUGUUUGCUUGGAUCUUUCUUUGGAGAAUUUGUACGAAGAAUCAUUGGAACUAAAUGUUGCAAAAAGCUUGGAGUGCCAGAAUUUGAUAUUGCACGAAAUGUUUUAGACUUGAUCUACACACAGACUUUGGCCUGGAUUGGCAUCUUCUUUGCACCUUUAAUGCCAGCCAUGCAGAUUAUAUCAUUUUUUAUAAUAUUUUGUGUAAAAAAGGUCAGUCUGAUGAGGAACUGUCAGCCACCUCGCAAAGUCUGGAGAGCUUCUCAGAUGACAACACUCUUCAUUUUUCUGCUGUUUUUCCCUUCCUUUUCUGGAGUCCUGUCUGUAAUGGCAGUCACUAUCUGGAGGCGGACGCCUUCAAAACAGUGUGGCCCCUUCCAAGGCUUGCCCUCCGUAAUUGAUGCCGUUUCUGGGUGGAUACACACAUUGGACAGCUAUUCUGGCUCAAAAUGGGUGGGGUGGAUUUAUCGCAACUUAAUUGGGAGCGUGCAUUUCUUCUUCAUCCUCACCAUCAUCGUCCUAAUUAUCACAUAUCUUUACUGGCAGAUAAUAGAAGGGAGAAAGAUAAUGGUCAAAUUGCUGCGUGAGCAAAUUGUUAACGAAGGAAAGGAUAAAAUGUUUUUACUUAAUAAACUACAGCAUCUGCAAACAUCGAAACGAGAUGCACCAGAAGAACAAGUGGUCAGUGCAAAGAGUCCCCUUUCUUCCAACGUCACAUCCCACAAAGCCACCAAAAAGAAAGGGAAGAAAGCUAAAAAAAUAGUAAAAACACAAACAAAGGAAAAGAGCCCAAAGACAAAAAGAAGAAAAUAAACUUUUUAUCUCAGGAAGCUCCGUGCAUCCAGAUUCUCAAGUAGCAUAGCCAGAGCAGGCUACUUACUACAGCUUUCAGCAAAGCUGCCCACACUCUGAUAUCUUUCCUCUACAAUGCACAGUGCUCUUCUCUUCCACUUAAUUAUUUUGUAUCAAACGCAAUAAAAGAGUUUUGUAGUAACCGAUGAAUGGUCAGUGUAAUGCUACAGGGCCAAGUAUGCCAAUCGAACAAUGAGAGGCAGACCACCAGAAUAUCAGAGUGGUAAGAGCAAGGAACUGGGGGCUGAGAUCCAAAUUGUAUUUCUUACUGGCUGGGUGGCUUUGGGCAACUAAUUUACAUCCACCCCUCAGUUUUCCUAUCUGAAAAUUGGGAGUUAUGAGAUUCACCUGUCUUUGAGCUUAUUUAACAAAAGGCUUUGUGCCAUGCUUGCCAAAAAGCACUAGUGUUAUUUCUCAGUAUGUCCACAAGAUGGAGGAAGGAGCCACAUACAACUGAAUAACAGGCCUAAGCAGGUGUAUUCAUGUUGUCAAGUCAGAUGGAGGUACCUCUCCCUGCCCUAAUGAACUCUGAGCACUUCGGAGGUUGGGGUUAGAGUUUUAAAUUAACUUGUUAAACUUCAAACUUGUUUGAAGUCAACUGAUUAAAUUCAAUAAAGACAAGUGCAAAGUAUUACAGCUAGGAAGGAAAAAAUCUAUUAAUUCUAAAAUAAUCUAAAAAGUAAUUCAUUAGGUAACCCAGCUCUACUCCCAGGGAGCUGGUUGCUGCCCUGCACUGCAGGCUCUGAUACUGAGCCAGCAGCGUAGGUAGCGGUUGCCAGAUGGUUUCAACAAAA